CAUUCUUCCUACACGCUCUCAGGCGUCGUCCACACAUAGUUCAUAGCACUGCUUCUGUCUUUUGUUCGAUUUUGUCUUCCAGGUUUAUCUUUUUUUUUUUUUUUACAAUGGCUAAAAUAUUGAUAUUUACAUUUAUUCUCUGGGCUGCUGUUGCAACUAUUGCAACUACAUCAGAUGCAACAGCAUCAACUACUCCGACCCCAGAACCGACACCAGCUGCAACAGUAUUAACUACUCUGAACCCAGAACCGACAACACCAGCUGCAACAGCAUUAACUACUCCGACCCCAGAACCGACACCAGCUGCAACAGCAUCAACUACUCCGACCCCAGAACCGACACCAGCUGCAACAGUAUUAACUACUCUGAACCCAGAACCGACAACACCAGCUGCAACAGCAUUAACUACUCCGACCCCAGAACCGACACCAGCUGCAACAGUAUUAACUACUCUGAACCCAGAACCGACAACACCAGCUGCAACAGCAUUAACUACUCCGACCCCAGAACCGACACCAGCUGCAACAGUAUUAACUACUCUGAACCCAGAACCGACAACACCAGCUGCAACAGCAUUAACUACUCCGACCCCAGAACCGACAACACCAGCUGCAACAGCAUCAACUACUCCAAACACAGGAACCACUUCACUAGCCCCAGCAACAACACCAGUUUUAACAACAAACGUACCACCAACAGGAACCCUACCAACAGAGGGUUCAAGUGUUUCACCAGAGACAGGAUCUCCACCAACUAAAGAUCCUGCAACUACAGUUCCUCCAAGUGCGUGCGCUUCAAAUCCCUGUCAGGGUGGAAGCACUUGUGAAGAACGUGCCAACCAGACCUUUGCGUGCUUGUGUCUGACUGGUGAUGUUUUUAUUGGCUCUUGUGUAAGGGCCAAGAUUUUCCCUGGAAAGCUAUCAUUGAAGGAGACAUUUAAACCUGAAAUGGGCAACAAACAAUCACAAGAAUUUAAAGAUACUUCAGAGAAAAUUACUACUGCGAUUGACCAAAAGUUCCAAGAAAAUUAUUUAUACUCUGGUUCUUCGGUGCUGGAGCUCCAGGGAUCAAAAUCAAGCAAAACAAGGGCAGAAGCAGGCAACAUUGAAGCAUCAAUAGAAAUCAUCUAUCAACCAAAUGCUAACAUCACAGAAGAUGAUGUCAAAAUAACAAUGAAAACGAUUACCUGCGAAGACUGUUCGCUGCCAGGAACCUUUGCUGCCCAAAACCUUUGUGAUUAUGCUCCCUGUGAUGACAAAACUACAAUGUGCAAGUCAACAGAAGGCACUUUUACAUGCUCCUGUAAAGAAGGCUUCCGUGCAACAAAUUUUAGUGAAAGAAUAUGCGUGGAAUGUCCCGAUGGUCAGAGAUAUGACAAAAACCAAAACAAAUGUGUCUCAUGUGGCUUUGGCUAUACUGGUUUUAACUGCAAGGACAACAGGGUUUUGAUCCUUGUGAUCAUUGCACCCAUCCUCGGAGCCCUGCUGAUCAUCGCGUUGAUCCUUCUGGGAGUAUUAACAACCAAAUCCAAGAAGAAAAGCUCUAAGAUCGAAGAUGAAGACAUUGGGAAACCUUAUCACAGCCAUUCUGUUGCAAAGGCACCACUAUCCAAGAGCGACAGCAACGGCUAUCCCCCCCCAGUCAAAGAGUUAACAAACGGCCUGGCAGUAAGUUCUGGAGCCCCUCGAAUCCCACGGGCCACAGCCACCGGCAACUGGGAGAGCAGGACCAACCUGGAGAUGACUCCGAACAACAGCCGACAAAACCUGAUUUCUUCGGGUCAGAACUCGCGGUUCGACGACAACCAAGAUGACAUGAUCUCAUUCGCUCACAGUCGACCCAAGAACAACCCCUAUGAGCAGAUCCGACCCACAAGCAACCCUUAUGCCCAGAACCGAUCCAUGAACCCUUACUCUCAGAGCCGAGGCCAGACCAACCCCUACUACAGUUAAGGACAGGGAAGUUGCAUCACUUGAGGGGUUCUACGGUGGUAUUCUUCUCAAGAUACGGCACUUUAUUAGAAUCCUUUUAAUGUAAAAAAUGUAAACAGGAGAAUAUUCGCUGAGAUGUUCCAUGAAAUGUAAUAGCUUCUAUAGUGUGACUUCAUUUUGGCCUAAUUUAAGCUGUCAUAAACCAGUCCUGUGUUUCACUGUCAAAAUCAUAAAGUUUGGUUUAUAGUUUCUACUUUCUGAGUCAUGCCAGUUACCUCUUAGUUAUGCCAGUUAAUUGAACAUAAAUACAUAAUUUAUUAUAUGUUUAAUCUCACUAAGCAAAAACUGCUGCAACAACAACAUAAGGAGUUAUUUUAUUUUGUUCAUCUAUGAAUUUACUAAAGUUAUUUUCAGUAAGCAUUUUAGAUUUGUGAUGAGAUUUACGUUUAACUAAGUUUUGGUUAAGGAGAUGAAAAUCUCUCCAAAUCAAGAGAUUCUGCAUUGAUGAGUAUAAAAAUGAGAUAAUUUAUCAUAUAACUUCAAUAAUUUGUAAUAUAGUAUUGUUAUUCAAAAGCUGUAAAUCAGAGAUAAUCUGUACAUCUUUUAGUUGGAAUUGACAACAGACUUUUUUUUCAUGUAGAAACAAUAAAGGUUGGAUUGCGGG